UAGAAGCUCUCAAGGGGCAUACAAAGUGAGGGAGAGGGAAAGAUGAACAGAUUCUCAGUGGUGUGUUUGAUAAUUCUCAACAUCUUCGUCCAUGGAGUUCCUACUGCAGAAGGCGAUAACGACGUAAUCUUCAACAUGUUGGGAUCGAAUUCGAAAUCGUAUCGCAACUUCAUUACAUCUCUAAGGAAAGCUCUUCCAAAUGCUGGAGAUGUGUACAAUAUACCUCUAUUGGUUCCAUCUCUUCCUGGGCCAAGACGCUAUAUAGUGAUGCAACUCUCCAAUUAUGAGGAGAAAAGCAUCAAGGUGGCUGUAGAUGUAACCAACGUCUACAUUAUGGGUUAUCUUGUCAAUUCAACAUCCUACUUUUUCGACGAGACCGACGCUCAAACAGCUUCUAAAUAUGUAUUCCAAAAUACAAAGAUGAUUACACUUCCAUAUUCAAGCAAUUACCAAAAGCUUCAAAAUGCUGCACGCAAAGAUAGAGAUUCUAUUCCCCUUGGAUUCAAGGCCUUGGACAGUGCAAUUUCCACCUUGUAUUAUUAUGAUGCCAAAGCUGCUCCUGCGGCAUUUUUGGUACUCAUUCAGAGCACGGCCGAGGCGUCGAGAUUUAAAUAUAUCGAGCAACUAAUUAUCGAUGGAAUUUCCGAAAACAAGUUGCCGAGUCUUGCAGCUAUAAGUUUGGAAAAUGAAUGGUCUCUUCUCUCCAAACAAAUUCAGUUAGCAAAAUCGAACAAUGGACUGUUUCAAAUUCCCGUCCAGCUUAUUAACGAUAGAGGCUCUCCAAUACAAGUUACAAACGUUAGUUCUCCCGUUGUGACCAAGAACAUCAAGUUGCUGCUAAACAGCCAAAAUGUUGCAGCUUUUGAGUACUAUAUGCCUUAACGAUGGAAGUUUGAAAUUUGAAGUACAGCUCCUCCACUCCAACAAUCUUUUAUGUUUUAUUGCAUGUUAUAAAUAAAAACAUGUUCAUGUGACCUAACUACGUGAGUGUUUAGUAUGUACGUGUGCUGUGUUUUCUUUCUUUCAAUAAUAAUCGCUCUGGAGCUGGACUUUUUUUUUUAAUCCUUUAUCCA